UUGUGUGGUUGGUCGAAUGGAAUAAGUACUGUACGUGGGUUUUUGGUACAUAUGACACGUAGUGGGGGUCGAAAAAUAUUGUGAGGUUAUCCGGUUAAUUGCAUUUGUUAAGUAUUAUCACAUGUGAACAUAGUGAACGUUAAAAGAUAAAACUGUUAACAUCCAGUGUGGAGAAGCUAGAACAUGGCACCGUCAUCGGCUUCGAAUUCUCUUUCACCACUAAACACUCUUUGUCCUAGUCGAGCGUUUCUAUCGCGUUUGGCUCUUGCCACGUUUCUGUUAUUGAUUCUUCUCAAUUUUCCUACAAUAUGUCAUAGUCAUGAUCACGAUCAUUCUCAUAGUGAACCACCAAGUUUUAAAUACUCUAAAGAAGCUAACAAAGCCUCUGUUGAAAGUACUCAUCAUCAUCAAGUUCAUUCCCAUCACGAUGGACAUAGUCAUGAAUCUCCCAAAACUAAAUCAAAGCCACUUCUCAGUGUUGAAGAAUAUAACCAGGUUGCUCUUCAAGCAUUUGGUUCAACGUUACUUAUAUCUGCUGCGCCAUUCCUUCUUCUGUUCUUUGUACCAUUGGACAAUACAAAGGAACGUGAACCACUGUUGAAAAUUUUAUUGAGUUUUGCAUCUGGUGGACUUCUUGGUGAUGCUUUUCUGCAUCUUAUUCCACAUGCUCUUGUUCCUCAUAGCCAUUCCGUGUCAGAAGAUUCUCAUGACAUAACAGAAGAAGGCCAUGGUCAUAGCCAUAGCCACGGUGAACAUGAUCAUGGUAUGUCUGUUGGUUUGUGCGUACUUUUAGGAAUAAUAACAUUCCUGAUGGUGGAAAAAGGUGUUCGGUUAAUUAAGGGUGAUCAUGGUCAUAGUCAUAGUGGUUCCGAUAAGAAAAAGGAUGACAAAACAAAAGUUAAAUCCUCUGGAGAUUCUGCAAAACUUACGCACAAAAAGGAGGAUGUUAAAGAUAUUAAAAUCGCUGGAUAUCUGAACCUUGUAGCAGACUUCAUGCAUAACUUUACUGAUGGAUUAGCAAUUGGUGCCAGUUAUUUGGUUGGAGAAAAUAUUGGGUACAUUACCACAUUCACCAUAUUACUUCAUGAAGUACCACAUGAAAUUGGUGACUUUGCUAUUCUUGUUCAAAGUGGAUGCAGUAAAAGAAAGGCCAUGUUGCUCCAGUUGACCACUGCCUUUGGUGCAUUACUAGGCACAUAUGUUUCCCUAUUAGCUGAAGGAAUGGGCGAUGUAACGACAUCCUGGAUUUUGCCAUUCACGGCUGGUGGAUUUAUUUACAUCGCGACUGUCUCUGUCAUACCGGAAUUACUUUCAGACACAAAGUUUUGGCAAUCAGUGAAGGAAAUAAUUGCCCUUCUCCUAGGUGUUUACAUGAUGGUAUUGAUUGCUCAAUAUGAAUGAAAAGCUUAGGAUAUUUAUCUGAAAUGACACAGAUAACUGUGACACACCAUACUUAUGCGGAUGGUAUCAGAGAUUUGAUGAUUGUUUAAUUUGGACGGAGUCCAUUUAAAAAUGUGCAAAGAGGUCUAAUGAACUGGAUUUGUGCUAAGACUUAUUUUUUUGCUAUCAAGUAGUAGCAGUUAAAAGAAUCGACUUUUAUUUAGAUUUAUUUUGUAUGAUUAAAAGGAAGCGUGAGCUGGCUAUGUACUUUAGGUUAAGCACUGAUACAUCACAGCAGUUUGUAUGUUUCGUUACCCGGAAGGAUCCGUGUAAUGAAUAUUUACUGCGAAAUAUUUUACGUCUUUUGUACCAGGAGAACUUAAUUUACAAAAUGCUUGUUUGUAUAAUGGCAGAGCUGAUGUAACUUGUUAUUUCUAUGUAUUUGGACGUAAUAUCAGUAUAUACAAUAUAUAUAUUUAGUAAAUAAA